AUGAACGGUCAGGAAGCUUUCAGGAGGCUAGCUCAGCAGCUACAGAAAGCAAGUGCAGGAGGAGGCGGAGGUGGAGGCGGAUCUCGGUUUCCCAGUGGAAAAGGUUUCACAGCAGGUGGCGGCUUGCUGAUCGCUCUCGUGGGUGGUGGUCUUGCGCUCAAUUCAAGUUUAUUUAAUGUUGAUGGUGGUCACCGAGCUAUAAAAUAUACUCGACUGGACGGUGUCAAGUCGACGGUAUAUCCGGAAGGGACGCAUCUCAUGGUCCCAUGGUUUGAAACUCCUAUCGUCUUCGAUAUCCGUGCGAAGCCUCGCAACAUUGCUAGUCUUACUGGCACAAAAGAUCUACAAAUGGUCAAUAUUACAUGCCGUGUGCUUUCAAGACCUGACAUCCAGUCGCUGCCCACAAUAUAUCGUGAGCUAGGUACAGACUACGAUGAGCGGGUAUUACCGUCGAUCGUCAACGAGGUCCUAAAGAGUGUAGUGGCACAAUUCAAUGCCAGUCAACUAAUCACACAACGGGAAAUGGUAUCGAGGCUCGUUCGAGAAAAUUUGACACGUCGCGCACUGCGCUUCAAUCUUGUCCUCGACGAUGUAUCCAUCACGCAUGUUGCAUUUUCUCCUGAGUUCACUCACGCGGUGGAGGCGAAGCAGGUUGCACAACAAACCGCCUUCCGUGCUGCUUUCCUCGUCGAUCAAGCAAUUCAAGAAAAGCAGUCUAUCAUUGUUCGUGCUCAGGGUGAAGCUAAGAGUGCGGAAUUGAUUGGAGAGGCCGUUCGCUCGAAUAAGGGUUUCCUGCAACUGCGACGGCUGGAAGCAGCGCGCGAUAUAGCGAACCUUCUAGCUGUGUCUGGCAACAAGGUCAUGCUUGAUUCUCACAGUUUGCUCUUGAACGUCGCGGAUGAUUCGGACGAUCUGCUUCACUUCAAGAAGAAGUGA